AUGACCCCCUCUGGCAAUGAGGACCCCAGUGGUCCGGAACCACCCUCCGAACAACCAGCCCCCGAUGCUGCUGAGAUUCAGGAAUCGACCGCUGGCGCAUCGUCUCAGCCGGCCUCCCCGCCGGUCGCAUCGACACCUAGUGCCUCGGGCGUGACUGAAAAUGCCGAACCGCCCAAGAAAAGCCGCCUGCUGAUUCCAAUCCCAUCGCGACGGUCCUCCAAGACCGAUCAACAGUCGACAUCGGAAAGGACCGCGGAGGCAACACAGGAUGAAUCUAGUCGGAGAGGAUCCAAGGUCAGCAUCUUGAAGAUUACACGGGAUCGCAGUCGGGCGAGCAGCAGACGGUCGCGACGGACUCAGCAAGAAGUGACAAACGUGGAAAAGGGCCAGGAGACGGCAACUCCCACCACACCUGAGAUGAACGGACCCUCCAAGCCUCAGGAGAAGAAGGCAUCCAAAUUGUUUGCCUUCCUGAGCUGUUGCUCCUCGUCGGAUGUUGAUGGCGACGAUAUUACCGUACCUCCCAAGAAGACGUCGAAGCAGCCCCCUGUGUCCAAUCGGCUGCCCACUCCAGACAAAGCGGAAGCUCAUACUGGAGACUCGAGUACUGCUGAAUCCAGAGACCCCGCUUACUUUGGUGACGAGAAAGCCGUUGCAGUAACGGCGGAUCACCCGCAGCCUCAGGAGGAGGAGCGGAACGCUCAGGUUUCGCCCGAUAUGCGAGGCGAGGGGGCUUCGGCUGCUGCUAGUCAGCCCGAUGUCCUGCCUGUGACCUCCAAGGAGCAUGAGCCCAAGGCAGCCGUGGCAAAUGGAGUAAUACCAGAGUCCACGACCGACGUUGCGAAACCGGAUGAGCAGACCCCCGCAGCCGAAGCUGUCACAACAAACGAAACGACCCCCACGAAGCCCGCAGCGGCUGAAGGCGAGACUCAAUCGCGCAAAGAGGAAGUAGUUCAGGCACCGGCCAUGCUACCCCCUCCUCCACCACCACCUGCUCCUGAACCGACCACCGCGACGGAGGGCGCUGAGCAGCAGCAGUGGUUGCUGCCGCCAGCGCUGCCACACCUGUCGAACCGCAAGUGUCUGGUGCUGGAUCUUGAUGAGACACUCGUUCACAGCAGCUUCAAGGUUCUCGAGCGUGCCGACUUCACGAUUCCUGUGGAGAUCGAAGGCCAGUAUCACAAUAUUUAUGUGAUCAAACGGCCAGGCGUGGACCAAUUCAUGAAGCGUGUUGGAGAGUUGUACGAAGUGGUAGUGUUCACGGCCUCCGUAUCUAAGUACGGUGACCCUUUGCUGGAUCAACUGGAUAUUCAUAAUGUGGUGCACCACCGUCUCUUCCGCGAGAGUUGCUACAAUCAUCAAGGAAACUACGUCAAGGACCUUUCACAAGUAGGCCGCGAUCUACGGGAAACGAUUAUCAUCGACAACUCGCCCACGUCUUACAUCUUCCACCCCCAACACGCGAUACCCAUCAGCAGCUGGUUCUCUGACGCUCACGACAACGAACUGUUGGACCUCAUCCCCGUUCUCGAGGAUCUGGCCGGGGCCCAAGUCCAAGAUGUCAGCAUGGUCCUGGACAUUACCCUCUGA